AUGGCCGACAAGGUCGAGGCAGACGACAAGGACGCCCUCGAUGCUCUCGAGCUAGAGGCCAAGGAAUUCGACAAGGAUGCCGAGAUCGACCGUAUCCUCAAGGCCUUCCGCCUAGACGCCUAUGCCGUUUUGGACCUCAACCCCGGCGUUCCAGAGUCCGACAUCAAGAUGUGCUACCGCAAGAAGUCCCUCCUGAUUCACCCGGACAAGACCAAGAACCCCCUCGCGCCCGAUGCCUUUGACCGCCUGAAGAAGGCCCAGACGGAGCUUAUGGACGAGAAGCACCGCGAGCGGCUGGACGAGGCCAUCGCCGACGCGCGCAUGCUCCUCAUCCGCGAGAACAAGUGGACGGUCGACAGUCCCGAGCUCAAGACGGCCGAGUUCCAGCGCAGCUGGCGCGCCAAGACGCGCGAGGUCCUCGUGGACAAUGAGCAUCGUCGCCGCCGGCAGAUGAAGGCCCAGAUGCAGGAGGAAGGCAGGGAGCAGCGCAAGCAGGAGCAGGAGAUUGAGGAGCGGAAGCGCAAGAGGCAGCAUGACCAGGACUGGGAGGCCACGAGGGACGAGAGGAUCAGCAGCUGGAGGCAGUUUCAAAAGGGCAAGUCAUCGUCUGCUGCCGAUGACGACGUAGAUGGCGCCGGCAAGAAGAAGAAGAAGAAGAAGAAGCUCAAGCCUAUUGGCUGA